GCCACAUUUAGCCUCAAGAGCGCCAUGUUGUUUGAGCCGUGUUUGUGUGUGGUGCAUUCUGUGGAAUUUCAGGUGUAAAAGAUCGCGAAUACGAUUGUUUUGCCCUUUGCUACCGUGGUGUAACCUGCCCCUUUCGCCCGUUUAGCAGUCAGCGAGGUGAAAAAUUACGGGCCCUUUAGAAUUCGAAGCAGCGCAUCCACAAACCGUGAGCAUGCCGCCGCGGAAAAAUAUAGCGCGCCGAGGUAGUAAGUCGGUGACUCAGGGCAGAUGUGCGGGUAAGCCGGCCUCAUGCAGCACGGCACAGCAGCUGGAAAGCAGCAAGCUGGCAGCUGCUAUCGUGGUUGUCGAAAAGCUGUCGGAUGCCGUGGUCGGCCAGAAGGCGGACGCCGCCGCCAUAGAAGCCAGCGAGGCUAAAAAGAGGAAGCUCUCGGACGGGGCCUCGACGGCUGCAGCCGAGGAGCCCGAGCCGACCGAAGUGGGAGACGGGGCCCCCUCCGAAGAAGAAGAAGAAGAUGACGGCGCGUGCGAAGCUCUGUUUCUCGACGUCGAAGACGACGAAGGAGGCUCGCCGGCGCCCAGCGAGGAGCAGAGGGCGGAAGACGACAACCGCGACAGCGCUGCCGACGAAGAGGACUCCAUGCCUGCCGAGACCGACAAAGACGCCGAGGGGAACGUGGACGGCGCCGCGGAGGAAGUUGGCGACGAGGCCACUCCGGAGGACGACGGAGAGUGUGCCGAUGAAGGCGCAGAUAACGUGAACGGCGAGGAGUACACAGAGGUGGACGAAGAGAUAGUCGAGGAAGAGGCCGAAGAGUCCCAGGACGGCGAAGGAGCCGAAGAGUCUCAGCAUUGCGAAGAGGAGGUCGGGGAGCACGACGGUGAAGUGGUCGAGGAGUCGCAGGAUCCGCAAGAGGCCGUGGAGUCUCGGGACGGCGAAGAGGAGCUUGUCGAGGAGGACGGGGAAGGCGAAGAAGGAGCGGAGGGAGAGGCUGCGGAAAACUGGGAAGCAGCCGCCGACGGUGAAGUGGAGUAUUACGAGGAGGGCGACGGCACGCAAGACGCAGAGUGGGACGAAGAGAUGGAAUGCGUAGACGCCGAUGAUGCACAGGUCGUUGACGACGUGGACGAUGCCGAUGGCGUGGGCCAGGAGUGUGCUGAUGGAGCGGAGGAUCUUGUCAUGGACGACCCCGCAGUGCACGACGAGACGGCACGUGACACGCACAACUACAGCGCUGAAGAGGCCGCACUACAGGCUGAUGGCACCGAUGAUAACGAAGGCAACGAGGCGACCACUGAAAAAGGUGCCGCGGCAAAUGAGGCGAUCCCAUCUGACGACGGGGCGGCUGCAGAGCGAACUGUGGAGAUAACGCAGCUGUCUGAGCUCUGCCCAUCCGUGUUGUUCGAGGAGCCCCGGACCAUUGCCGAGUCGCUUCGUGACAGCAUCCAGAGGUCCGUGCAGCUGCUCAUCGAGCAGAUGCUGGAUGCCAAAGAACGUGCAAGUGGCCAGGUUGAUAAGAGGGUGUAUGGCUGCAGCCUGUGCAACAUCGAGAUUGAGGAGCCUGACCAGUUUGACUCUCACGUGGAGAGCCCGCGGCACACAAAGCGCCUCCGCUGGCUCUACUUUAUGGGCUUCGACAAGGAGAUUGGCAAGUUUCACUGUCGUGUGUGCCACGUUUCGAUGCCUGGCGAGGACCACCUGUUGGGACACUUGCGCAGCGAGAGGCACAUGUUUCUCAGCCGCACUCUCAAUGUGCAUCUGGACUACACCAAGCACUUGCUGCUCCAGCACUUCUCCAAAGCAAAGACGGAAAGCUUCCUCCAGUUGCUCCAGCCGCCUGCUACCGGAAGUCAGCCCACCACGGAUGAGGGGAAGGACCAGGCAGGAGCGGACAAGCAGGCAGGCACGAGUGGGGCGAAUUCAACAGGCAGUGGACAGCAGAAUCAGGCCAGCCAGGAGUUGUACUGCUGCGACAUCUGUGAAACGUUGGUGCCCACUCACGGUGACGAGCUUGAGAGGCACUUCAAGGGUAGGAACCAUCAAGCAAAUGUUGAAGAAUUGUUCAGGCAAGGAAAGCUAAAGCCAGGCGUGGAUGGUCUAAGUUCUACACUCUUUGGCACUGUGGCCUUUCUGGCUGGAGCCAAAGGUUCCAAGGACGAUGGCAGGUGUGCACCCUCUGGUGCGGCCACCUCGAGCUCCAACAAGCAUCAGGCCAGCCGUAGAGGCAGAGAGACCGGCAUGGACAGGAGAGGCCGGCGCUCGAGGGACCAUUCCCGCAGUGACUCUCGUAGGCACCGAAGCAGGUCGAGAGACCGCAGAGGUCACGCCAGUUCUAGGGACCGAACUUGCAGAAGAGGUGACCAUGGCCACAGGGCAGGUCGAGGCAGACACAGUAGCUCUCGAGAUGGUGCUUCGUCCAAAAGACCAUCCGAUCGAAGCCCUUCUGACGGCCAACACAAGGACGAUGCAAAGGGCAAGAGUGACCCCAAGGGUUCGGGAAAGCCGGCUCUAGAGGCAAAGGCCUGCAACAAGGACACACCCGAAGGUGACCUACCUGAAGGCAGCUCUCAAGUCGGAAACGGUGCGGAGGAAGUAGCAGCUGCCACCUCCAGUGCUGUGGAAGACACCGCACACAACGCCAGAGAGGACACCGUAGACAAUGCCAAAGAGGACACCACUGUUGUGAGUGGUGACGGGGCAGCUUCAGAAGCCAAAGGGUCUUCAGCAGACGUUGAAGCCAAAAUUGAGCCAAACACAAAGUCUGAGAGCACUACCAAAGAGCAACAAGAGGAAAAAGGCACAGAGGACUCUAAAGAAGGAGAUUUUAGUGACCGUUCCAGACCGAGACGACGGUCGUCGCGAAGCCGCAGCAGGAGUCGUUCCCGAGGCCGAGCCAGGACUGGACUGGGGUCAAGGUCGAGGCCGGCUGUGAGCGUGAGGGACCCGAAGCAUGAUGCACGUCGUGUCUCUCCACUCCGCAGAUACGUGCGGCGAGAUUCUCCACCAGGGCGCCGAAGGCCUGAUAUUCACAGCGAGUCGUCCCGAGGCUCGAGGCGGUCAAGAUCUCGUUCCAGGGACAGAGGGCCGAGGGUGUCUUCUCCUGGGACGUACAGUUGCCACACCUGCAACAUGGUCCUGCACUCGCGUCUGGAGUAUGUCGAGCACUUUGCCUCUCGGACACAUCGCUUGGCUCUUGAUACCCACGCGGCUGACCUGAGUAGCCGCAAACGGUCACUGUUCACCACUGCCUCCCUUGCGUCGAAGAUCACCGCGCCGAUCUCCACGCCGUUCUCCACGUCGGUCUCCGCGCCGAUCUCCUCGCCGGUCACCUCGUCAUUCGCCACUCCGGCCACGGUCUCUACUGCAGGAACAGUGGAAAGCAUUGCGAAAGCGUUCACCAGAUGCUUUUGCCGACCGUGGCUUGCCCAUGGAUUCGUUUUCGCAGGCAGUGCCUGGUGCUUUUCCCAGUGGACUCACCGCUGCCCAGGCGGGACUCCUAGAAGAGUACACGGAACGCCGGAGUGGUGGCAUUGGAAUAGCUCCAAGUGCAAGCACAGUGGCGGCCACCCUAGAGACCAUGAUCCAGCUCCAGCAGAAGCUGCUCUCAAUGACUGCUGCCCAGCAGCAGCAGCAGCAGCAGCAGCAGCAGCAGCAGGUUCCAUCGGCUGGCCUGACCGCAGGCAGCACGACGGCCACACUGGGUGGGCCGCCAGCUGGGGGCGCUUACCGGUCCAACGAGUUCUCCCCUUCCUCAGACUUGCAGAAGAGCCUGCAGCAGUUGAGGCAAAGUCAGCGCUAUAAUGUGGGCUCCACGACAAGUUACAGUGGUGUGCCCUCCGUGGGAGGCCAGCCACAGCACUUGCAGCACGAAGCACCUUAUGGUUCCACUGUGGCUCCACUGCGGGACUCUGGUUCCAACUACCAAAGUAGCACAUUGGAUCUGUACUCCGGCAAGAAGGGGCCUCCGUACGGACCAGCCACAACUGGUGUUUACUCUCAAACCGGAGCGCCAGCUAGCAGCACAUUUGGCACAGCAGGCAACGGUGCUUUUGGUGGCAUCCCGAGCACCAUGAGCGGUGGCGGUGUUGCUGGGGGCAGCAUGUCGAAUGAGUACCGCAAG